UGUCUGAGUAGGAGUGAGGUAAAUGAAGUUAACCGAGCCGCUUUAGGGCUGUUCUUCUUAUAAAUGCAAUAAGGGAGGACGUGCUACUCGCUCUACAGGUUGGUGGACUACAAUAUAAUGUUUACGUAGAUGUAUAGACUCCCCAGUCUUCGCACUUUGUUGUUGUGAACUGGCCCUGUCCUAAAUGCAAAAGUCUAUUCAUUGUCACCGUAUUUCAUAUGCUAACCUGUGAUAUCACUGUUACUGGGUGGUCUGUUUUUGAUAGUUUUUUCCUCUUGAACAAUAUAAAAGCUGGUGCACUUUUAUUGACAGUAUUGCUCUGUGACUAACUGGUUAAAUAUUGCAUCUGUGCGAUCAUAAACCCUAACUGAAAUUUACUUUAUUUCUCUGUGGUCUGUUUAUAUAGGCUUUUUUUAAGGUAUAAAACAGCUUAAUGCAUGUCAGCUAAGUUUUCAUCAGUUAAGAGUUUGUACAUUUGUAUGAAUGGUAUGUAAGAUGGGUGUAGAAAUAAGCUGAAGAUCUUGAAAUUGAAAAUCUUUGCACAAAUUAAAUAAGUUUGAUAUUUAAAUUCAAGUCAGAUUUUAACUAAAUAAUUAAAUAAAUAAAUAUAGUUUGUCCCAUGGAUCUUCUUUCUCUACUUUUACAGUUGGUACUUUUUAUUGGGUGACUUUUUUCUUUUGAGUGCAAGAUCAUCUCACGUCUAUCUGGAUUAUGCUUUUAUGCUAAUGCUUAUUAUUGAAGAGUGCAUCCUGCAUUUACAUUUAAUUUUCUGUAUUAGCUGCUUUGAUUAAACUCAUUGUUUGUCAGUGAAAUUAACAGCCUGGCUUCAAAAAUCUUGAUUUUUCCAGCGAACUCUGGUCAUUUAUGUGAAAUUAUAUUAGACGGUACUUUUCCCCUUUGUACUGAAAAUAUCACUUUAAAUGUGAGGAGAUGUUACUUUUGUCAUUCAGUAAAGAAAAAACCUUUUCAAACACUUGCAGGCAUUCAAAAGCCAAGUCAUAAAAGCCUCCUUACCAGCUUUCAUUACGUCACACACCACUUGGGGUAAAACUGGGUGUUUGAAAUUGUUAUAACCUUGUUAUAUGAAUCACAUACGUAAUCAGUGGGAUUACUUGUGUUUGAGGGUUUAAGUAUGAAGGACCUCUGUUGCACAAAGCUUUCAGUUCGGUCCUGUUUGCUGUUGAACAUUCCAAGACAUAAUCAGAUUAGAGACAAAAUAAUCUUUGAACAGCAAUGAAUCAAAUAUGCCCUGCAUGGUUUAGUUUGUCACCUAGUUGUUGAGUUUUAAUUUAUUGUUCAGAGCAAUAGAGGGUUACUUCUAUGCAGAAAGUAGAAGGAAACAACAGAGAAAACAUUAAGAUUAUGUAUAAAAAAUCUCAGACUACAAUGCAAUCCAAUCCAGUUUCUGAAAGUGUUCAAGGCAAAGAAAGCAAAGACAGGCUCGUGUACACCCACCCUUUCUGUUUUAAUGACUUAAUCACAAAAUAAUGUCUGUUUUCUACACAGAAUUUAGCUUGACUGCUUGAGUCUCAAAGCCAGAGGUCAAUCGACAUGGGAACCAGGAGGGUGCUGAUAACUGGAUGCUCUUCUGGCAUCGGCCUCGCUGUAGCUGCACGUCUGGCCAAGGAUGAGCUUAGACGGUUUAAAGGUAAGCCAUUGACUCCCCACAACCAAAACGUUGUAGAUGCUUGAAGAGCUUAGAGGCCCUGACAGAUGCUCUGUUCAUUGUUUAUCUGAGACAGUGGUUGCGACAAUGAGGGACCUCAACAAACGGGGGCCCUUGGAAAGAGCGGCAGGUGACUCCCUGAAUAAAACCCUGGAAAUCAAAGAGUUGGAUGCGUGUAGUGAAGAAUCCAUCAGAGAGUGUGUCAACAGCCUGCCAGACAGACGGGUGGAUAUUCUUGGUCUGUCUCCUCUGAAUUGUGUUGUUAACAGUUUUUAGAUAAAAUGUAUCUUUCCACAGACUCACAAUGUUGUAUGAUGCUCUACCGUUACAGUGAACAAUGCUGGUGUUGGCAUGAUAGGACCUCUGGAGUGCCAGAGUAUCUCUGAUAUGAAGGAGCUCUUCGACACAAACUUCUUCGGCCUGGCCCGGCUGGUUAAGGAGUUGCUACCUGACAUGAAACGCAGGCAGAGCGGCCAUAUUGUGGUGAUGAGCAGCGUCAUGGGAAUACAGGGUGGGUUAUUGUGUCUGUGACAUUAAGGAUCAAGUCAAUAAUUGAAAGACAGUUUAGAGAUUAAUAACAGAGUUCUUAUGUCCUCUCAGGGCUGUUGUUCAAUGACGUCUACUCUGCCUCCAAAUUCGCUGUGGAAGGAUUCUGUGAAAGUUUGGCAGUACAAGCAAUGAAGUUUAACAUCAAGUAAUUCCAUCAGACUUCUAACUAUUGCUCUAAUAACAAACUUGAACAGUAGUGUUGUUGGGUCAGAACUGUCCACAACAAUAAGAGUUUUAAAACUUGAUGUAAUAAUUGUAAUAUUUGCCCUCUUAAAUGCUUAUUUUAUUCCUCUGCUUCAAGGAUGACUCUAGUGGAGCCUGGACCUGUGGUGACAGAGUUUGAAAGGAAGGUGUAUGAGGAUGCUGACAAGAUGGACCUAUCAGGGGCAGACGAGGAAACCGUUAAAAUCUUCCGUGAAGUCUACAUACCGUACUCUAAAAAGAUUUUUGCCUCACUGGGCCAGACGCCUGAGGAGGUGGCAGAGGCAAGUGUGGAAAGUUUUGUUUCUAGCUGGUUGAUUUGCCAGUUAAAUGAUGAGAAAGUGAAAAUAAUUUUAUUUUAUUCCUCACACAGGAAACUCUUCAAGUGAUUACAGCCAAAGAGCCUCCUCUGCGUCACCAGACCAACCGCCUGUACAUGCCUUUGACAGCUCUGAAGCAUGCGGACCCGACUGGCCGGCUGCCUCUGGACACCUUCUAUAAGAUGACUUUUAAUCACGACAGACUAUUUAAUGCUUCUCUAGGAGUGCUGCGCUUACUGCAGAGGAAAUCGAAAAAGUUAUAAAGAUUUGGCUG